AUGCUCACAUUCUUACCCAAAAACUCAUUAGAAUAAUUUAGGAAAGCAUCUAAUUUGUACUUUUUGCUUUUAGGCAUUUUGUAAUCAGUUUGAAUUCAAUUUAGUUAAAUCCUACCUCCAGUCACAACUACUGAUGGACAACCAACUGUUUAUUUACCCCUUUCAUUCAUUAUUAUGGUCAGCAUGAUCAAGGAUUUUUUUGAAGACUUUAAAAGGUACCUUAAUCAUCACCAUUAGACACCGAGCAGAUGAUGAAGAAAACAAUCGAACUGUAUAGAAAUAUUCACUUCGGACAGGAGUCUUCGAAUAUGACAAAUGGUAAAAUGUUUAUGUUGGAGACAUUAUAAGGAUUGCAAAUAAAUAGGUUUGAUUUUAACUUAAGAGUAGAGAAUUCCUGCUGAUAUUAUUAUAUUAGCAACUUCAAAAGGAGGAGAAUGUUUUGUUGAAACUAAAAAUCUAGAUGGUGAAACUAAUCUCAAACCUAAAUAUGCACAUCCAUAAUUGCAAACAUUAUACAGAUAAUUAAAUGAGAAAGAGUUACCUUAUAAUUUGUAAUUUUGAAAUAAAAUAUCUUAGAUUUGUGACUAUGGAUUUUGAAAGAUAAAAUCCUCUUAUGUAUAAAUUUAAGGGAAGUUUCAAUAUUGUUAAUGAAAAUAAAGAAUAACCAAAAGAACCAUUAAAUUAUGAAAAUUUUUUAGAAAGAGGAUGCUCUCUUUAAAAUACUGAUUGGAUUUUAGCAGUUACUGUUUAUACAGGUCAUGAUACUAAAAUAAUGAUGAAUUCUAUUAUAGGAAAGAUGAAAUAUAGUACAGUUGAGAAAUUGAUGAGCAAGUAAAUUUUAUGGGUAUUCUUAUUUUUGUUGUUUGAAUGUAUUUUUGCAUCAACAUAUUAUAAUGUAUGGUACUAAAGAAAUGUGAAUGAAUUACAAUCUUAUUUGAAUAUUGAUUAAAAUGCUCCAGAGAAUAAUUCCUUUUACAAUUUUAUAUUAAGAUUUGCAAUGUGGUUUUUAUUGUUAGGUAAUAGUGUUCCAAUUUCAUUAUUGGUUACUUUAGAAACAGUUAAAUUCUUUUAAGCUUAAAUGAUAUAAUGGGAUAAGAAUUAUUUAACAUUUGAUCGACCAGCCGCUGUUCAUUCCUCAAAUUUAAGUGAAGAAUUAGGAGUUAUUGAAUAUAUAUUUAGUGAUAAAACAGGAACAUUGACAUAAAACAUAAUGAAAUUUAAAUCUAUUAUUAUUGAUGAUAUUGUUUAUGGAGAUAUUGAGGAAUAACCUUAAUAAGAAAUAAUCGAUGAAAAGCCUUUUAAGGAAAAAUAGAGAAUAGUAUCAUAAAAUGUAGAUUUUACAGAUGACACCCUAUAUUCUGAAUUAGUAUCUGAAUUCAUGAAUAAAAAAUCUGCUAAGAAUUUCUCAAAUAAUGAUCAUAUAUUCUUAACUCUCCUAUGUUUAUCUUUAUGUCAUACAAUAUAAACAGAAUUAGUUGAAAAUAUUGAAUCAGAAAUUUAAUAUAAUGCUAGUUCUCCAGAUGAAUUAGCAUUGGUCAGUUUUGCAGCAGAGAUGGGAUUUAAAUAUAUUGGUAAAGAAGACAAUAUAAUGAAGGUUUAUAUUAAACAUAGUAAGGAAACCUUAAAGUUUCAAAUUUAAUAGAUUAUAGAAUUCAAUAGUACUCGAAAGAGAAUGUCAAUAGUUUUAAAAGAUUAAAAUGGAAGAUUGACCUUAUUUUGUAAAGGAGCUGAUAAUGUGAUUUUAUCAAUGUUAUAAGAUUUUGAUGAAAAUGAUUCUAUUUAGAAAAAUAUCUUAUUUGAAAUUAAAAAACAGUUACAAGAAUAUGCUACAAUUGGAUUAAGAACUUUAGUUUUAGGAUAUAAAGAAUUGGAGUAGAAAGAAUAUGAAAAAUUUUUAUCUGAAUAUAACAGAGCAUAAUCUAUUUUAGAUGAUGAUUAAUUAAGAGAAUCAUUGAUGAAUCAACUAGAAGAAAUGAUUGAAAAUAAUUUAUAAUUAUUGUGUGCAACAGCAAUUGAAGAUAAAUUAUAAGAUAAAGUUGGAGAAGUAAUUGCUGAUUUAAAAUCUGCUGGAAUUAAUGUAUGGGUUUUGACAGGAGAUAAAAUAGAAACAGCUAUUAACAUUGGUUUUUCAUGCAAAUUACUGACAGAUUAAGUUAAACGAUUUAUAAUAGAUGGAGAUGUAGAAGGAUAAGUUGAAAGAUAAUUAGCUAAAGUUACUAAUUACAUUAAUGAUCAUCCUGAUGAACCUUUAUCAUUAAUAGUAUCAGGAGUAGCUCUUGUUAUCAUUAUACACAAUUUUAAAGAAGUGUUCUUUAAAGUAGCUUUAAAGGCAAAUGCUGUUAUGGCUUGUAGAGUUUCUCCUAAGCAAAAAUAAGAAAUUGUAAAUUUAGUUAGACGAUUGACUGGCAAAAUAACUUUAGCUAUUGGUGAUGGUGCAAAUGAUGUUGCUAUGAUUACUUAGGCUCAUGUUGGUAUAGGAAUUAGAGGUUUAGAAGGGUAGUAGGCAGCAAAGGCUAGUGAUUAUGCUAUAGGAGAAUUUAAACAUUUAAGAAGGUUAUUGUUUUAUUCAGGACAUGAAUCUUAUAGGAAGAACAGCAAUUUAAUUCUAUUUAACUUUUACAAGAAUUAAUUAUAUAUUGGAGCUUUUUUCUUUUUUGGUUUUUCAAAUGGAUUUAGUGGUCAAAAUCUAUAUGAUUAAUGGUUGUCUUAAAUUUUUAAUGUAUUUUUUACAAGUUUACCUAUUAUUCUAUAUGCUCUAUUUGAUGAGAAAUAUCCAAAUUCAAAUUAUAUGCAAUUAGUUUAGGAUAAGGCUAAUUUCUUAGAAUCUAGACCAGAUAUUUACAGGGAGUAUUUGACAAAGCCUAUCUUUAAUUUAGUGUCCUUUUGGCAAUAAUUCUUAUGGGGUUUGUUAUAAGCAAUAUUAUUGAUGGUGAUUUCAUUUUAUGCAUUUGAACCUAUUUCCCCACAUGUUCAUGGAUAGAAUUCUACCUACUUAGAAGCUGGAAUGACAAUAAUGAGUGCAGUUGUAUUUAUUGUAAAUUUUAAAGUGCUACUUCUACACAAUACUGUAAAUAUUAUAUAUUAAUAAUUUCUAGAAUUAUCCCAUUAUAGUUUAUAUUAAUAUUGGAUCAACAACUUGUUUUAUAUUAUUUUUCUUACUUUUCUCACAAUACCCUUUUUUUGAAAGUUUUGAUCUCUUUCAACGUUUGUAUGAGUGUUUUAAUUAUUAUUUGGCUAUGAUAUUGAUGUUGACUGUAACUAACUUUUUUGAUCUCGGGAGACAAAGAUACAAUUACUUUGUGGAAUAAUAUAGAGAGCAAUAGUAAAACAACCCACCAAAUUAAUUAGAAAUUGAAAUGUGA